GCACUCUUUCGCCUGUUCGACCCCUCCCAGGCGCGAUAACUUGACUUUACAGGAACAAACCUUUUUGUCGAAGCCGACCCGCGAUGGGUACCUACGGCGUCGGCUCCUCGAACUCUCCCAUCGUCGUUGACGAUUCCUCGGAUGAUGAUUCCGUCGACGCACGUCAAGUCGAUGAACAGCUCGAAUUAUUGGCGGGCUCGGGCUCGGGGGUGUCGAGGACACCUUCGGUCAUUGCGCUUGAUGAAUCUGAGCCUGAGAUCGUCGAAGCGGGUACGGAGGUUGCGGGGAUUAGUAAUGGUAUGGCAAGUGGAGAUGAGCGGCGAGAUGAAGGUGACGGUGACUUUGACAACGAAGAUGGAGAUGGUGAUAAAUAUGGUGACUGGGAACAGGAGGACGAGAAUGAGUACGAGGACGAAGAAGGAGAGCCAGAGAGCGGAGACGAGGACUUGGCCAAUUUUAUGGAGAAGUGGAUGGAGGAAGGCGAAGACUCGGAGAGGACGUGGGUGACGGUGAGGAACGGUGGGUAUAGGAUCCUCGCAAGGACAGGUUAUCAGCCUGGGAUGGGCUUGGGCCCUCGGUUUGAAGGUUUGACUCGACCCGUGAAGAUCCCAAUCAAGCGAAAGGGAAACUUAGCAGGACUCGGGACUCCUUUCAGACUUCGCAAACGGAUUAAACCACUAGAGACUGAGACCUCUGCCAUCGCCACUGAGUCUUCCCCUGAACCACAGGUCACAGCUGUGGCGGAAGAGUCGUCUCAGCCUUCAGUGGCACCAGUCCAGCAGAAUAACGAGGACAGCAUGGCGAUGAAAGUCGACCGUUCUCCUUCACCUCCUGCUAAUCCUCCUUCUCAAGCUCUCGAAGCACCAGCUGUUGCCGCUCGAGAAGUACGGCCCCAGUUACCCGCGCCUGCCCCUAUCCCAGCGGUGAAUCCGUUGAACAAGGCUCUUCCCACGUUGGAGGCUUUACGCGCACUUGGACAGUCCCUGGCUUCGCGGUCAAUUAUUCCUCCGUCUGUGCCUGCACCUGCUACAGCAGCUCCUCAGCACGAGCCAGUAUCUGAGGCAAUUUUAGCUCGCGCUGUUCCUCCACCCGAUGUCCCAAAGGUCAACAGGAAGGGUUCGAGCUCGAACGGGCCGAUCGAACAAGCUUCUUGGUCUCCCAUGUAUGUUGCACCCGAGGCUGAAGGAAACGCACGUCUAAGUAAUCGUCGAGGGCGUAAUGCGCGCCGCUCGCCGCAGAACUCUUUUCAGUCUCACCGCUCAUACAAGGACCAACAGCAUGACCAUGUUCGAGUGCCUGCUCCUCCAGAUCCUGAACAGGUGCAGAACCAGCAGCACGAUCAGGCGCAGGAGGAGCAGUCAUCUCGCUGGCCUACUAUCUGGGAUUCACCACCGGAGCCACAUCUAAUGUUCAAUCCUAACACGGGAAGUUACCAGCCUUACAUGCCUUUCGAUAGCUUUGACUUUGAGCCUGAGCACCAGCCUCGUUCGCCUCCUCCGCUACCCCCACCCCCACCUCCACCACAAGAGCCUCAAUUCGAACACCAUGCACCACCGCCACCCCCGCCGCCACUUCAGUUCCAAUUUCCUUCGGACCCUUCGCAUCCUCAGCAGCAAUCGCAGCCACAGCAACAGUUCGAAGCGGAGCAGGACCCAGAGCCAUACAACCCGAACCUCCCGUUCUUCGCUCAACAAGCGCACUCUCUCCCGUCGCAACAACCGUCUACGCCAUUACACCCACUCCCUCCGCCUGCGCCUCCACCACCACCUCCACCCAUGCCCAUGCCUCCCAUCGAAUCCAUCGAUCCGGAUCUAUUCGCAAGGAACGUGAACGCGUUGCAGAACAUAUUUGGUUGGGCAGGUGCGCCCGCUCUCGGCGCUGGCGGUGGCAUGGAUGGCUUCUUCCCGCAGCCGAUGCCACCGCCUCCGCCCGGGUUUGACGGGAUGGGCAUGGGCUUCCACGGUGGUAUGGGUAUGGGUGGCCUUCCGAUGGGAAUGAGUAUGAACGGCGCGUUUGGUGGUAUGAUGGGCGAACAGCAACAUCCUGGACCGUACGUGCCAUUCGGUUCGACUGCGUUCCCACCGUUCGUUGGUGUUGGUGUUGGUGUUGGUGUUGGUGUUGGUGUUGGUGAGGGUGAGAUGCCUGGGGCGGGGAUGGAUGGCCAGUUUGGGGGCUUCGACGCGAAUGGGUUCAGGAUGCCGAUUCAGCUACCUUCGAGACCUUCGGACUCGCCCACGUCGGCUUCGUUCCCCAAUGGUAAUACUAACGGGAAUGGGCAGUUCGAUUUCGAUGGUUCCAACGCCGAAGGCGGGCCCUCGCACUCACACUUUGUCAAUUAUGACUUUCCUCCUCCAGACCACGCCUACGACGACAGCGGAAACACCUACGUCGAUUUCUACGGCAAAGUGAGGACCAAGCCGAUUGACAAGAACGCGAUUCAGCCGCUCCAGGACAUGGACGACAUCACCAUCUAUUUCGCCGCCCCCAAUCUCCAGCACCCGAACAAGAUCGGGGUGACUUACGAGCCUUCACAAAGCACGCGCGGUCUCUUCCCCAUCAACCCCACCUUCGUCCCUUCGACGGACCCCGUACCGCCCCGCCGGCCUCACCCUUCUUUCUCCUCCUCCACCCCGUCCUCGCCACCCGACCCCGCCGCGACGCUCGUCAUGGAAAUGAUCCCGCGCAAGUUCCGCACGAAGGCGCUUAUCUACAAGUGGCUGGAACAUGUCGAGGGAUGUCCGAGGCCGAAGAGGGUGGAGGUGGAGGGGGGGAAGGCGCUGAUUGAGUUUUGGGGGAGGGAUAAGGUUUGGGCGAGGAAUGUGUUUGGGAGUCAGAGGAUGGCGGGGAACGAUGGGUUGGGGAGUGUUAGGGUUUGGUGGUGGAGGGGAGAGGGGAAGGGGGUCAAGAAAGCGGUUUGGGGUGGACCGGGGACGAGUGGGAGGAAAACGGUGGACAGUGCAGGGGCAGGGGCAGGUGGAGCGGCGACUGGAGGUGGUAGUGCAGGUGGAGGUGGAGGAGCGAUGUAUGGUCCGAAGAGGGAGGAAGAAGAUGGCGAUUAUCCGGCCUCUAUGAAGCAGAAGGUGUCGAGGCAGAUAGAGAGCAAGAAAAGAGCAGUGGCGAAAGAGUUGAGGGCGCUGGGGCAGGAAGAUAAAGAGGCGCGACAACAGGCUCUGGCGGGGACGUCUCGGUCCCAGCAGGCGCAGUCGCAGCCAGGUCCAUCGAACCAGCAGUCCCAACAGCAGCAGACGCCAAAGAAGAAGAAAAAGAAGGAAAAGUGGAAGGAGAGGGCAAAGGAGAAAGAGGCGGUGGAGAACGGCAAGGGGAAAGAGAAGGAGAAGGAGGUGGUAGAGAACGGCAAGGGGAAGGGGAAGGGGAAGGAGACGGAGAAGUUGAAAGUUCCGAAGAAGGAGCCGUUGGACGAUGCGUUGUCUGCCCGGUCGCGCUAUCCGUUGAGGUCCAACAAGACAACGAAGGAGUCGACUUCAACUUCAGGUUCGGGCUCUGGAUCUGGUCCGGUCAAGAUCAAGACGGAGAACACAACGGUUUUUUCUUUGCGACCUCCUCCCUCACCCCAGCCUAGGCAAGCCGUUCUUGCGGCUCCCUCCACGUCAUCCAGGGCUAUGCCUUCUGCGCCGUCUUCAAAGACCUCUCCGAUGGGAAUAGUAUCAGCAGGCGCACGGUCAAAGGCGUCUGGCGGCCUGACCUCCAUCACUUCUGACAAGCCUAACGAGUCGUCUCAAUCGCAGCCAC